UAUGAAGGUGACAACUUCGAUCGACCAGAUGUCGGUCCAAAUGGGAGUUUCGGUGGCAAAAAGCGUGCAGUUGAACGAAUAAGAAAUGAGCACGGUAACGGCGACGCGGCGCUGCAUACGCAAGCACCGCUGGCGACUGGAUGGAGCAGGUCUAUUCAAUACUUCUUGGAGCAGAAUUAUACGGAAGGAGAGCUAUAUGCCACCACUUGGGGUGAUGCCUGGGGAUCCGGCUCGGUACUGGACAGCUACAGCACAAUGCAUACUUGCAGUAAUCUGCUAUUCCUUCGAAGGUUCAUCGAAGCUGUGAUACAAUACACCGGUGCCAAAAAAGUCGACGUCAUUGCUCACUCAGUCGGCGUCGUUCUAGCCAGAAAAGCUCUCAAAGGAGGUUCUCUGGUAGGAACUGAUGGAAACUGUACACUUGGUGCACCUCUCACAGCCAAAAUUGACACUUUCGUCGGCAUAGCUGGACCAAACUACGGCCUCUGUGUAUGUCAGCUAGCGCAGACGGUACCCGCCUGGUGUAACGUCUUGCGGUCUCUACCCAGGAUAUACUUGCCAAGA